AUUACUAUGUAAACUACACAUAAUAUCCAACUUCUACUACAACACUCCUUACUUUGAAAUAAUGUACUCGGUAGGCCGGGAUGCGAAUUUGUUUACAUAGAAUUACCAAGUCACCUUAGAGACAGAAUGGCAACCAGCCGUGAAGAGCGCAUGCAACAGCGCAUGCGUGGAGCUGGACGUCAUGAAGUCGCGGACGAUUCAUUUGGCUUCGUCCUCCCGGGCGUUGUUGAAGCAUCUCCAGCUCCCCCCACACCAACUGCUCCUACGCCAGCUGCUCCUACACCUGCACCACCACCACCACCACCAUCUAUACCACGGUCCGAGCCAAAUACUUCUGCGAAACGACGGCGGUUGAAUCCCGAAGCUGCUGUAGCUAGCUCACAGCCACCCUCUAGCGCUAUUAGGUCACCCCCAAGAUCUUCAACCCAACUUAGUGGAGCCCGAGCAGACCCCUAUAGUGCUCUUGAAGAUGAUAGCCCCGAGAAUGUACCAGAAUCUUCGGAUGCGCCAAUUCCGGCAUCCGAGGAGCCGCAGGUCGAGGACGGCACAACAGAGAAUAUCCCGGAUGUCAUACGAAGCCCAGAACCGCCCAGCUUCGUGGCAGAGGAAGUCACGGAAAGUCCAGCUCAUGCCCCGGGAAGUGGUCAGAGGCGUUCGAUUAGGGUUCCUGAGAGUUUGACUCAGAGCGCGAGGUUAUUAAAAGCUGCGACAGACGAAGAUGGCGGACCUACGGGCGAGUUCGAGUUAUCCUCGCCUCUUGCACGGAAAAGUAGGGCGAGUGCUGCGACUACGAUUGCGGCUUCCGCACGAUCAACACGGACGGGACUGGGAGUACCGCUGGGAACAGAUAUUACAAAGGAUGUUAUUGAAGAAGUUUCUCCGGUACCUCCACCACGUCAGACGAGUGACGGUACAACAGUCACGAAACCUACACGAUCUACGAGAAGCCAGAAUAGAGUAGCUACUCCUAGUGAAGUGGAUCAGUUGUCCUCACCCCCCGAGGCUGCGGGAACUAGUAGUGCUAGGAAACCAAAGUUGAGGGUAAAGUCGAAACCCAUAAUCGAAUCAGCCAAGGCCAAAGCUAAAGGCAAGGGCAAGGGCAAGGGCAAGGAGAUUGUCAAGGGCAAAGGCAAAGGUAAAGAGGUCGAGGUUGAAGCUCAGGAGGAAGAAGCAGAGGUUGAGAACGAAGUAGCUGAGGAGGUUAAUAUCCAAACCGCUGCCAAAACGAUCGGCCGCAAGCGCCCACGGGUUAGUGUACCUCGCGAAGCAUCCCCAGAAUUACAUUCCAAAGAUGUGGAGGAUGUGGAGGAUGUUCGCCCAGCGAAGAAGAGCAAACAGAGAAGAGUGCAAGCCAGUCCAGCGAAGCAGUCAAAGCCCAAAGCACCUAAGAGCAAAGACAAGCCAUCCAAGAGGAGACGAAGUGAUGGAGAGGCAAUUCCCAUCAUUGUGCAGAGAUACACCAAACGGAUGCAUCUGAAUGAAGGGGAUAGCGAUGCAGAUAUCCUCAACGCUGAUAUUCCAUUUGCCAAUCGCGGUGGCGUCAACGUAAUUGACGUGUUAGCGCAAGUAUGCGAAGAAGUGAUCGAUUCGAGCCUAGAAACGCUUCACGAAGCAGCAGUCAACGCGAAGGACCCGAGCUCGAAAAAGGAGUUCAGAACGAAGCUUCGAGCUUUGGAAGCAUUUCAGGAAGAAUUACGGACAAGACUUUUAGAGCAUACUAUCGCUCUGGAUACUAUGCAUGCGCUUAAGAAGCGAGUGCGUUCAGUCCAGAAGGAAAAGCUUACGCUUCGAACCGAAAUAAUGCGUAUCCGAGCCGAAAGAGAGCAAGUAGCUCUGAAGAUGGAUGCAGUAAGAAUCCGCCAUGAGGCGGCAAACAGGACUUCAUUGUAUCAACUCGGACUUUCUACGACGAUGGACGAUAUUGAGUUAGCUGUAGAGAAUGGGAGGUCGGCGCCAGAGCUAAACACGAAGGAAAAGAAGACAGCGGAGCUGGCCAACUUGGAAUUGCUGAUCGAUAGAAUUGCCAGCCAAGCAAGUGGUGCUGGCGACGGUGGCGGAAGUCUGAACCAAAUCAAGGACUUCAACUCGUUUCUCGAGCGCGCUGCUGCUGCCCUUGAACGAAGGUGAUUGAUUGGUGCAUACCUACCUCGUAUGAUACACACGUGUGGAACAACUGGGGAGAUAUUUCGGCUAGGAGUCUUUUAA